AUGUUGACGGCAUUUAACGCACUUCUUGCUGCAUUGCAUUAGUUGCAACCAAUAGCUAAUUGAUUGUCGAUCAUUGCAGCAACAUUGCAUCUGAUCUUAACACCCGGAGAUUAGAUCUAAUCUCAUCCUUAUCUCAUAAUGUAGUUUAUUUUGAGAAAAAGUUUUGCCAUCUCUAAAUAGAGAUGUUUAGCUGCAAAAUAAGCUAAAUUACUAGCAUCGAAACCAACCAAAGUAGCUCAAACCAAAACCAGUUGGAGAAACUAUCAAAUUACCAUUUUUCUCUGCCAAGUUAUUAGAAGAAGCCAUUGUUUGCCCCCACCCAUCCCCCAAGAUUACUCUACUUCACCUUGGAAAAUGCUUCAUUCAAAGCAAACUUACUUGAUUUGUUCUGUUUUUGUAAUCCGUUUGUUUUAUUCUCUCCAAUUCUUCCCUAAAGGCAUUUUAAAAUCGUCACUUAAAAAGCCAGUACCUUCUUUUGAGUGCCUCUGGGAUCAAAUGUUGGCCACUUUGGAACCUAACUAGUUUCAAAGGUUUCAACUAGCCAAUUUUUAUCUUAAAUGAAGGCUCAAAUCUGUUGUAUGUUACCGUUGACUUCUACCCUUUCUUUCUUUCUACCCUCUGCUUUAUUCGUUACACAUAAUUCAGCUAAUCCCUGGUCUAAUCUGACAGAUGACAAGAACAUUCAUGUUUGCUCCUAUACGUGCAAGGGUAGCAUUGUCACUUUUUUGAAAUACCCUUCAUUAUGAUAUCUGGCUAAGUAGCUCUACACUUCAUUUCCGCCCGUUAAUGAAAUCUCCUUUCACAGUUGGCUAACACAAACCGGGAUUCAAUUUACCCUCUGCCGAGUGUGUUGCAAAUGAAUAACUGUGGUGUGCGCUUUGGUUUAUUAGCGUUGUUGCUAUCUUUGAAACGGAGGCCUGCUAUACACAAGCCGUGACCAAAUGCCACUGCUAACUGUUCGGAGUGUCAUCAAAUUGAUGGCUACAUAGACCGAUUCUAAGUAUCCUUAGCUUGUCAUAGGUACCAAGGCUAUGUUUUCAAUAGCUUAAGGGACAAAACCCAACAAAUGUAGAAAGAGGAUGCGAACCAUCAUUUACGCCGAACAAGCAUAUAAGGAGAACUGAAAAGAGGAGAGGUCGAAACGACAAAGGCAGCAGUGAAGAUACAAAAUUGGCAUUUCUGAAGGUUGACUGGACCGAAUCUUUGACAUUUCCGUUGUUCAGUAAGCACUAAGGAAUUGUCUUGAAAGGUUUACAUCCUUAAAUCGGUGUCUCGCUGACAUAUAAAUCGCGAGUAAAAUGGAUACGCUUUCUGGAGCAGAACAUCGUUGGUACCAUUCAUUGGGAUAUUCAAAUCAACAUUCGAUGUACCCAGAAGGUGCCAGUUUUGGCUCAGUGGGUGGUUCUCAGUCAUCACAAGGCUACCCGGUCGAAUCGGCCGACCAUCUCUUUCAUGGCCAUGGCGAUUCUGAAAGUGGUUCAUGGCCUAGAGGUGGCUCUCAUAAUCCUUACCACUCUGCAUGUCACCAGUCAACACAGCAUCAUCUACCUUCUUCAAACUCCUUGGUUGAUGGCCAAGGUGGUAGUCCACAUUCUACUGGUUGUAGUUCCAGGCUAUAUUUGCCAUCUGGUUGUGGCAGGUCCCCUCACCUUAACCUCCACCAAAUGGUAGGCUGUCCAAAUGGGUCCUCCAACUGGCACGCUAGUUAUUCGCAGCAUCUUUUGUCCCAAAAUGCGCCAGGAAAUUCCUAUGGGUCACAUGGUCAUCCAGGCACACCAAGUAUUAGCAGCGAGAAGGACACGAAAUCCCUGUCUCAACGGGAUGCAUAUCUUUCUGCAUAUUACAGCAAUGAUGAAAAGCCUCCUAUAUCUAAACUCAACCUUCAAGGCUCUGUACCAGGCGUAGGAUUUUCAUCUCAAAUAUACGCCUCAAACAUGAAUUCAUCUGAGCUAGGACCAUCAAGCUUGCCUUAUGGAAUGCUCGGAGAGAUGUCAAAGAUGGCAAGAUAUAGAGGAGUUGCAUAUCCAGUUGCUGAACAAGGAUUUGGUGAGCAUCGGGAAUGCAUGAAUUGCGGUGCAACUUCAACACCCCUAUGGCGGAGAGAUGCUCAUGGGCACUAUCUUUGCAAUGCGUGUGGGCUUUAUCACAAAAUGAAUGGUGCAAGUAGGCCUCUUAUCAAGCCAAAGCGACGACUAUCACAGUCAAGAAGAACUGGGAUAUCCUGCUCAAACUGUAAGACGUCUCAAACGACGCUAUGGAGGCGUAACUCAAACGGGGAGCCAGUGUGCAAUGCUUGUGGCUUGUAUUACAAGCUCCAUAAGAUAAACAGACCGUUAACUAUGAAGAAAGAGGGCAUACAAACAAGAAACAGGAAAACCUCAGGGAAGAAUAAAAAGCCCAAGUCAAAAGACAACAGCUUCGCGUUGGCAGCAAGAGACUCUUUACAUCAAGGACUUACUUAUCAACAUAGCGUUCACCCACAGACGUUGAUUUCGGAUUCCUAUCCGAGUCCAACAAAUAACCAAAUACUUUCUUCAGCAAAUGGAAAAGCGUGCUGAACGUAAACAUUGUCUAUACGUGUAACAUUAGGUCAUAGGUAGGUAGGUAGCUAAUUGGGGAGAGAAGCUUGUAAAAAUUUCAGAUCAUUAGUCUUGUGACAUUUCUCUCUUGUUGUAGAUUGAUCUCUAGUGAUAUUGAAUUUAUUUAAGUUGGUAUUUAAAUCAUAUGAACUACUUGCAGAUAAUUGCAAACAGUUUUACAAGGUUUUUUAACGAUUCAGAAGAUUUAAUCUCCGGUGUGCUUCUUCUUGCUUUCGCACUCUGUCUACUAUCAUCAUCACUAAAUAUUUUAAAUUUUCAACUUCAAAACUUUUGGACAGAAAUCUUUCGGAAAACAGUUUCAUACCAAAAACCUCUGAGAAUAAAUUUCGAGAACUUUGAUGAGAUACUUUUGCACUAGCAGUUUUGAUUGAUAUUAAAAUAUAUGUUAAAACCAGCUCUAAUUAUAGGUCAACUAUUUGAGUUUAAA